AUGGCAAACAACCAGGGUGAAAGUGGCUUGACAAGCAAGGACUACUACUUUGACUCGUAUGCUCACUUUGGCAUCCACGAGGAAAUGCUCAAGGAUGAAGUCCGUACUCUGUCUUACCGCGCUUCCAUCUACAACAACAAGCAUCUUUUCCAGGACAAGAUUGUUCUUGAUGUUGGUUGUGGUACUGGUAUCCUUUCCAUGUUUGCUGCCAAGUCUGGUGCCAAACAUGUCUAUGGUAUUGAUAUGUCAAACAUCAUCAUCCAAGCUCGCAAGAUUGUUGAUGACAAUGGUUUGACUGACAAGAUCACCCUUAUCCAGGGUAAGAUGGAGGACGUCAAGCUCCCCGUUGACAAGGUUGAUAUUAUUAUCUCCGAAUGGAUGGGUUACUUUUUGUUGUACGAGUCCAUGUUGGACACUGUCCUUGUCGCCAGAGACAAGUACUUGGCUCCCGGUGGCAUGAUCUUCCCCGAUAAGGCCACCAUGUACAUUGCUGCCAUUGAGGAUGGUGAUUACAAGGAAGAGAAGAUCGAUUACUGGGAUAACGUCUACGGCUUCGAUUACUCUUCCAUUAAGAGCCUUGCUAUCAAGGAACCUCUUGUGGACACUGUCGAUGCCCGUGCCGUUGUUACAACUCCCUGUGCCUUCAGAGAAAUCGACAUUUUGACUGUCCAAAAGUCAGACUUGACUUUCACUGUUCCCUUCAAGAUCACCGCUGCUCGUGAUGAUUAUGUACAUGCCUUCAUCUCCUGGUUUGACAUUGGCUUCACCCACUGCCACAAGCCCGUCCACUUCUCCACCGGUCCCCACGCCAAAUACACUCACUGGAAGCAGACCGUCUUCUACACCCCUGAGGCCAUCACCGUCAAGAACGGCGAGACCAUUGAGGGUGUCCUCUCAUGCUCACCCAACGGCAUUAACCCCAGAGAUCUGGAUAUUGUCAUUGACUACAGCUUCAACGGAAACCACGGUAGCAUAAAAGAACAUUGCGAGUUCAAGAUGUAA